ACCCUCCUCCCUCCACACAAACGCAACGCAUGCUCGCCUUCUCCUUCAACCAUUCCCACCAUCUCCGAUCCCAUCUCCUCUUCACCGCCUCCAUCACCACCAACUCCACACAAUUCCACCGUUUUCUCGCCAAUGGAUCACCCCUCAACCUCUACACCAUCCCAACCAUCCUCGCCUCAUGCGGCGCCCAGCGCAAUCUCUCACUCGGUCUUCAGCUCCACGCGCUCGCCAUUCACACUGGCCUCGACUCCAACUCCUUCAUUCUCAGCUCGCUAAUCACCAUGUACUCCAAAUGCUCCCACUUCUCCGCCGCAUACCACAUCCUCAACUCCACCAACCCCAACGACUCCAUCUCCUGGAACGCCCUCAUCGUCUCCUCCUCCCGCUCCGGUCUCCACUCCGACGCCCUCCACCUGUUUGUCAAAAUGCACCACAGAGCCCUCCCACUCGACGAAUUCACCUUCCCCUCCGCUCUCAACUCUGCCGCUCAUCUCUCCCUCGUCCUCACCGGCCAAACCAUCCACUCCCUCCUUCUCCGGUCCGGCUUCCAACGCCACGCCCACAUCGGCAACGCCCUCGUCGACAUGUACGCCAAGUCCGGCGAGCUCCACUCCGCCCGCAACGUGUUCGACGAAAUGCCUCACAGAGACGUUGUAGCAUGGACUUCCCUUCUAACCUCCUCCGCCCGCCACGUGUCUCAUUCUGCAUCCCUUGAUCUCUUCCUCGAGAUGCUCUCUUCCAGCGUGAAUCUCGAUGCUUUCGUCAUCGCCGCCGUCCUCAGCUCCUCCGCCGAGCUCACCGUCUUAGAACUCGGCCGCCAGCUCCACGCCACUAGCGUGAAACGCGGUUUCCACUCGUUUCUUUCUUUGGGAAACGCGCUUCUCACCAUGUACGCCAAAACCGGCUGCAUCGACGACGCAGAGCUCAUCUUCGAUCUCAUCCCAUAUCCCGAUGCCAUCACUUGGACGGCUCUGAUUAUCGGGUUAGCUCAAAACGGUCGAGGUCACGACUCGGUUCAUGUUUAUGAUAAAAUGAUCCGAACCGGGUCUAAACCGGACUAUAUAACCUUCAUCGGUUUACUAUUCGCGUGUAGUCACGCGGGUUUGGUCGAACCCGGUCGAUCCUACUUCGAGUCAAUGGAACCGGUUCAUGGAAUCGAGCCUGGACCGGAACACUACGCAUGUAUGAUCGAUUUGUUAGCCCGGUCCGGGAAAAUAGAGGAAGCGGUUCGGUUAAUGAACCGGAUGCGGUUCGAGCCGGAUGCGACGGUUUGGAAGGCGUUACUCUCGGGUUGCCGGGUUCAUCUCAACAGUGGAUUCGCUCUCCAGGUGGCGGAACGUGCGGCUGAGAUUUUGUUCAAGAUUGCGCCAAAUGAUGCUGUGCCGUACGUUUUAUUAUCCAACAUUUACUCCAAGAUACGGAGAUGGGGUGACGUGGCGAAGAUCCGAGCGUUGAUGAAGGCGCGAGGAGUGAGUAAGGAGCCGGGGUGUAGCUGGAUGGAGGUUGGAGGCGUUGUGCACGUGUUCCACGUGGAGGAUCACGUGCAUCCACGGACGGCGGAGAUUUACGCAAAAGUGGAUGAGAUGAUGGGGAGGAUACGGGAAACGGGGUACGUGGCGGAAACGGGAAACGUCUUGCAGGAUGUCGGGGAGGAAGGGGAAAUGGGCUUAGCUUAUCAUAGUGAGAAGUUGGCUGUGGCUUUUGGGCUUGUGGUCUUGCCACGUGGCGCUUUGAUAAGGGUGUUCAAGAAUCUAAGGGUGUGUGGUGAUUGUCACACUGCUUUGAAAUUGGUGACAAAGGUUUAUGGGAGGAAGGUUGUGCUAAGAGAUGCUAAUGUUUUUCAUCACAUGGAGAACGGGGUUUGUUCUUGUGGAGAUUAUUGGUAAUUUCUAUUAUGUAUUUUAUUG